AUGGGAAAUGUCAAGGUAGGCGAGAACCAGGGAUCUCGUCGUAAUUCAUCCGAUAAACUGUCCAAGGGAAACUUGUUAACUUUGGAGCAAUCUCGAAACAAAAAUGUUUCUCUGGAAAGGCGCUGGAGUCUUGAGGUAUCUAUUGAAAAGGUCAUAGGACAUGAUUCAUCAUUAGAUUUAUCUGAAGGACCAGGGAAGGAGUUUGAAACAAACACACCGCCAAUCUUAGAACGAGAAUAUAUGCAAGGUGUUCUAAUUAGCGAACUUGUGUUGAAUAGUAAUUUUUCUUCAUCAUCCAGAAGAACAAAAAGGCUACAGAAGAAACUUGCAAAAGAGAUCAAGAGGCCUGGUGAAACUAUCAUUAAAGGGCAUAGGAGUUAUGAUUUAAUGCUCAGUCUGCAGCUUGGAAUAAGGUACACUCAAUCUUGCGAGCAUUAUUAUGUCUCCUCAUCCUGUGUCAAGCUCUCAGCAUGCCAUUUGAUGUGGAAAUGUCGCUAUUCUGUAUUGUCAGCACUGCCUGAGGCAGAUUUGGUUUAUGAUCGAUCGGAAUGA